GAGUCCGUAGCCUUGGACUCCAAGAUAAUUGUGCUUAUUCACUGUCUUGUUCAUAAUUUCAGCCUUUCUGCAUUCGCCUCUCGGAGCUUCAUGCCGGGAUCCUUCGUCCAGAUAUUCGGUCACUACGAUGACGUCGACCUAUGCUAUCGAGAAGAUUCUCAAUCUUAUUAGCUGUUUCCACCUGCCCAUGGGCAGCCGCCAAAGCGUGCCCAGGUGGGUCUUGCGAUAGCGCAUCGUGGAGGGAUUGACUUCAUAUCUCAAACUACCGCCCAAGGAUCGCGCUUUGAUGGUUCCCUUUGUCAAUGGGGCACCGCAUCCCAGUACAUAGGGAUCAGAUAGAGGAUCUGUCCAAAGUCUGACCACAAGACGCGGAAAAACGUGAUCCUUCAGUCUAAAAAGGCAAUUCGAUCAUGAUCGACAUACAAUCUCGCCACGAGUCUUGCCUCGACGUGCUAAUGAGGAGGGCUGGUUGUCCCACGCCUAUGGACACUGACUUUCUGUGCCAUACGGAAGUGACUCAAAAGGUUCGGGAAGCCGCCAGCCAUGGGAUCUCAACAUUACCCCGCCCGCUCUCUCCACACCAAUCUUCACCAUUCAAACCCCUCCCGCUAUAUUUCAGAUGCCCGUUUCGCGCACCUCAAUAUACUACUCCAAAUGCAAGUCGCGUGGGCCUCAUAACAUCGACUCCGCUGAUGGCGUCGAUACGCGAUACAAGGACACCUCGUUGAGCCCAACAGUUUCAAGUCCCGAAUCAACCUCCCGCACCCUCUCCUCCGCCUCGCCUCCGCCCUCGCCGCCACAGCAUUACAUCCCCCGCCCUCGUAACGCGUUCUUCUGCUUCCGCUCCGCCUUCAACAGCAGACAAAAAGACGCGUCGCUUGGGCUCCUGUUUCAUGAACAGACUGAGAUCAGCCGUGGCGCAGGGAGUGUUUGGCAGGCUAUGGGCCCCGAAGAACGUCGGCCGUACGUUGAGGAGGCCAAAGCGCUGAAGCGAGAACACGCACGGCUGUAUCCUAACUGCCGUUACUCGCCUGGGGCUGCAUCGGGUAUACCGCGCAAAGUCAAGAAGCAGGUGAAGGGCCCCAACGGCUUUGGUUCCGACGACGAUAGCUUGCCGGGGUCGAUCCUCCCCUCGGAUGAAGAAAAUCCUGGGGUCAGCAUGCCACCGAUCCCUUCUCCUCAGCAGUGGCGGUCGUUCUCCGCACAACAGCGCCAGUGGGACUCUCGGUUUCAGCCCGCCUCGCCUUUGCAACCCCACUCAUUUCUAUCUCCUUCCCUGUGGAGCUGCGACCUCUUGCCUAUGCAACUUGGAAUGCCCUACGAUGCCGAAUUCACUGGGCUCACGUUUUCUUCUGCGCCGAACGCUUUCGGGUUGUUCCACUCUAGUAUCAUAGGGGACGGGGACGGCUCUCAGCAACGAGGCCUCGAGUCUAGCAUGUAUUAUCAGAAUGACAGCCUGCAAGGCACACCACAAUGGCAUUAAUCUCUUUAUUUUCUCA